GUUAUCGCAAUCGCAGUGCCUGUAAAUUCUAGAAUAAAAAGCAAACAACAUAAAAUCAUUUGUAUUUUUUGUCCAAGUAAAACACAACAAAUUCAACGAGCAAACGUGCAAAAGUGAGAAUUCAUCAAUUCCAAUACUGUUUCGGCCAAAUUACGCAUAAACUACAAACGACGCCGCAGCGCUUCACGAAUUUCAUCACAACAACAAAAUGUUGCUAAGAUUCGCAUUGUCGACGGCUGCUCGCCCCAGCAGUCUCCUCGUGGGAAAGUCAUCGCAGGCUCUGCUCCAAGCCAAGCCCAGCCUCAACAGCGUGCGCAACUAUGCUCGCCAAACCGUUCGCUCCACCCGCGCUCCCGUCGAGCAGGCCCGCGCUCCCACACUGAAGGAGAAGCUGAUGGCGCCUCCAAGUGCCAACGCUUACUCGAUGGGCAAGGGCGCUGCAGCUGGCGCCGCUGUCGUCGGACUUGGAGCCCUUUGCUACUACGGCGUCGGCAUGGGCAAGCACACAAGCAUUGCGGACAACGCCAUCAUGUGGCCACAAUAUGUCAAGGAUCGCAUCCAGUCCACUUAUGGCUUCUUUGGCGGCUCCUGCUUGCUGACCGCCGCAGCUGCCGCUGGCGUCUUCCGCUCCCCGCGUCUCCUUUCCUUGGCCUCUCGCGGUGGCUUGAUGUGGUCAAUUGCCUCACUUGCUGUGGUCAUUGGCAGUGGCGCCGUUGCACGCUCCAUUGAGUAUCAGCCGGGCUUCGGAGCCAAGCAUCUGGCUUGGGCGGCUCACUGCGCUAUUUUGGGCGCUGUUAUUGCGCCGUUGUGUUUCAUUGGCGGUCCGAUAUUGACGCGCGCUGCUCUCUACACGGGCGGCAUUGUUGGCGGCCUCUCCACGAUCGCUGUGUGUGCUCCAAAUGAUAAAUUCUUGUAUAUGGGUGGCCCCUUGGCCAUUGGUCUUGGUGUUGUCUUCGCUUCCUCGUUGGCAUCCAUGUGGCUGCCACCGACGACAGUUCUGGGCGCCGGAUUGGCCUCGAUGUCGCUUUAUGGCGGUCUCGUGCUCUUCAGUGGUUUCCUCCUUUACGAUACCCAGCGUCUGGUGCGCAAGGCUGAAAUGUAUCCACAAUACGCCUAUGCUCCCUUCGAUCCCAUAAAUGCUUCGAUGUCAAUUUACAUGGACGUAUUGAAUAUCUUCAUUCGGAUUGCGACCAUCAUGAGUGGCAAUCGACGAAAGUAAUUUGUUAUUGAACAGCUCCCCAGUUUUGUGAUGCAGUUUACCUAAUAACUUAUGAUAUACGAAAUACAAAAAAAAAAAACAA